AUGACUCCAGGCGACGACGGCCAACCGCUGUCGGUACGACCGCCUCCCGUUGCGGAUCGCAAACCUCGAAACAUUGCCGACUUCAUUGCUCGUGUCAACGCGCAACCAGGUGGUUUUAGAGCUAUAUCAGAGGCUAAACUCAGGGAGGAGAUCGCCCAGGAAAAUGCGGCGGGUGGCGAUUCGCAACACAAAGACGUGGACAUGGCCGAAGCUGACGAAGACGACAACGACGACGACGACGAUCAUGAUGCGACAAGAGAUCCUCAAGAGGUGCGCAUGGAGAUGUUCAAAAACCUCGAUAUCGCAGGAAACACGGCCCUUCUUACUCUCGACUUCCUCUCGCUCCUCAUUUCAAAGCAAAACCCCACACAAGCAGGCGUUACCCUGUCGCAAGGCCUACGUGAUAUGGUAGGAAUUGGUACGAUAGGCGCCGACAAGCUGGAUAACCCCCCUACCACAUCAGCCAAGACACAAGAGCAGGAGAAUAUAGCACUGGGCUUCACACUCAUGCAAACCAACAAGGUACGCGAUGCUGCUGAAGCUGCUAGCUCAUUCCUUCAGAAGGAGGUGACAUCGGAGGGGAACUACUGGGAAGAUAUCAUUGCUGUUCAGAAGUCUGGAUGGUCCAUAACUAGAGUCCCCAUGGAAAGGCACAUAUUGGGUGUUCGGAACAGUCUCGCACCUAUGAGAAGAGGCGAUGGCGGAACAGUCCAGCUCGACUGCGGUAAACUAGGAGGGGUAUCAGAGCGAGUCGUGGUAACAUAUGAGAAGAACGGCCAAAUUACUGGCCGCUCUGCUCUACCAGCCGAGACAGCUGUCGAUGCCCCUCUCGAAGAGCAUGUUCUUGAAGCCCGAAACACUAUUUUCUCACAAGAGCUUUGGCAUGAGCUUACACGAGAGGCCCGUAGUUUGGCAUCUUAUGGCGUCAAACCAGACGGCUCCCGUCUCACCUGCGACAUCGAUCCGGCAUCCAAGUCACGAAUCAUACUGGAGCUGGUCCCUCUCGGCACUCAAGCUUCUUCUGACGACCACCUUCCAGACAGUCAAGUUGCCGAGACGAUAUCCCUAGCUUUACAUAUCCUUCUAGGCUACGCACACAGGCAGAAUGAGUUAAUGAGGACACGCCCAUUGCCUCCUCACAUGGCACGAGCACGGGGCCAACAAUCACAUGUCCUUCUCCGCCCUAUCAUCGGCCGUCUUAUGCAUCUUGACAACGUUGAGGUUGUUACCAAACACGUCGGCGCCCUUGUUCAGUCGCUACAGCGAGCGGGCAUAUCCUCUCGUUUCGUUCUCAAAACGCCCAAAACAUCCCCAUCCGAUUCAGACCCAUCAAACCAAGGACCUCACCAGCUUGCAUCUUCACAGACCAUGAUGCGAAAUAUGCUGCACCCUAUCGAAUUCAACAUAAAGCUUACUAUCCUGCCUGACGUUACCUGCACCGUUCGUGGGCGCACCUUCCAUGUCCCUGUCACCGCAACCUAUUACAGUGUUAUCCUCCCUCCCAACUCGCCUCUAUCGUCUGUGUGCGCUCCUUACAAAGAUGGAUACCCUAAUCCUAGUGCUCUGGCUCAUUAUCUUGGCACCGCUACUUCACGUCUGCUAGUGGAGCACUAUCUCUCCAAGCUCUCCUCCCCGUGGACCCGCAGCAUUCAGGGUAAUGUCAUCCGCAAUCAAGACAAUGAGGAGUUUGAGUUGUCAUUUGCCGUCACGGACACUCCAGCUUUACGUGUCAGAAGCACAUCGUUGGUAGAUGGCAAGUUAGUGCGUCACGAGUGGGCAUGGUCGGAUGAUACCACCAAGGAGAGUGUGGAGGCUGUAGUCGAUCAAGAGAUUCGAAAGAUUAGGUCUUGA